UUUUCAUUCCUAGUGUGUUGUCUUAACAGCUUGUUCAUACUCAGUAGCAGACUGCUCAUAUCUCACUGUUGCUAGGCAACUGAGAAACAUGACUGCCGCUCACGGAAGCCAAUUAGCGACUGGGACUAAAUGUAGCUAGCAGCGCAAAACAAAGGCAGAGAAAAACUAAAUAAAAACUACAAAGGAUAUCCUAUGAUGUAUUUCCCCCAGCUGUGUUGGAGAAUUACUAAAAAAGACUAAGGUGCGAUUAAAAAUAACACUAAUUCGCUACAAGGAGCACUGGCUGCUAACACGCCGCCAUGUUGACUACGUCAUUGUUGCGUCACGACUGAGCUAUGGAGGGGGCGGAGAUCUCGACUUCCGUAAUGGUGAAUACAACGAAAAUGGGGAGUCUUGCAAAAUAAUUAAUAUAAAUACGUUGUGUAAUUUAAUAUAAUAUUACAUAGUAGUAUUAUAGUACAUAAUACAUACGUAAUAUAGUACUCUUAGUAUUAUCGUAAAAAUUUUACGGAAAAAUCAUACGGAAAUGACGUAAGGUUUCCAUAACAACAACACGCAGCUCAGUUCCAGAGAGACGCACAGGGAGAGGCGGUGUGGAUGUGAGGAUUGUGAGGAUUGUGAGCGUUUAUUGAACUUUUAUCACCAGAGAAGGAGCUCAGCGAUGCUGGAGGCCAUUAAAGUUACUGGACCUGCAUAUUGCCUGUGCAAACAAUCAUACUCGGACAGAAACACCUCCAAUUCUCAUUGCUCUCAUUAGACGCUCACCGCUGUUGUGAUUCGAUGCCUCGGGUGCCUCGAGUCCUUUCGCUGCCUGUGUACUUCCCAGUGUCCAAAAGAAUCAGGAUCAUUUUAACGAAGCGUGGCACGGUGCAUCCUCAGAGCUCGCCCGCUCCAGCCACCGAGUUACGAGGAGGAUGCAGAGGUUCGGUUUCCAGGAAAAUGGGACACAAAUAGCAGGAGAGAGACAAUACAAGACUGAGCAUCUCCACUGGGCUGAAAAAGACAGGGCUAAGAAGUGUGUACUGAGUGUCAUGGAGAAGCCUGUGAGCCCAAGCCAGGUGUAUGUGGAACACUGGUCCUCCAGUUCCCUAAAGAUCCCGUUCUCCAGCAGCCUAGUCUUCCCCCAGAAAGAGGAGGACAAAGAAGGGAAGAGGCUCAAGCGCUCCCGCUACAGACAGUUUAAAAGAGCACAGCGCAUCGUCUCCACAUCUGCACACCGAGACGUGAGACCUCUCUUGCUGAUCAGAUCGGGAAAUCAGAGCUAUGGAGACAUCAGCCAAUCGCAGCUCUUGCAUUAUUCCUGGCCAGCGAACAAUAUAACCAUCCUUGGCAGUCAUGUCGACCUGUCUCCUCGUAAUGGUAGCCAGCUGAAUAGAGCUUCUCAACCUCGAGUAAGACUCCCUCAGCUGGCUAAAAGCAGUAGCGACGGAGAGAACUCCAUGAAGAAGCUGUGCAUCCUCACUGCCAUUAAACCAUCCAAUGUGGAAAGUGAGAAGGCCAAGUUCUUCAAGUCAGACUUCAGGUAUAACCCGCAGUUUGAGUACAGCAACCCCGCGUCACCGCAGGUUCUGGAAAAAUACAGCAAAGCCUCUGACUGCUUCCUCACACAGGCAGUGCGCAUCAUGGAGCUGGCUCUGUACAAGUACGGAAGUUACGAGAAGUUUGAGCAGGCCACCGGAGGAAGCUUGCUGAGCAGGGGCCGAAUCCGGGCCCACACUAAGAAGUACAUGGAGAAGGAAGGCUGCGUGGGAGAGAUAGUGGUGCACCUGACCGAUGACCUGCUCUCCAGAGCCUCCAUGACCGUGGUGAACGGCAGACCGACUCUCACCAUCAACGUCUCCACGGCCAGGGAGCAGUGGCUCGAGGGCUUGCUGAGACACGAGAUCGGUACUCACUAUUUCCGCAGCAUCAAUAACAGCCAGCAGCCGUGGAGCAGCGGAGACGGGCGGAAGAAGCUCGGCCUGAAGCCGGUCAACCCCACCGAGGAGGGCCUGGCCAGCAUCCACAGCGUGCUGUUCCGCAGAGACCCUAGGCUGUGGCGCGCCGCCCUGCUCUACUACACCGUCCACCAGGCGGCGCACAUGUCCUUCGCUCAGCUCUUCCACGAUCUCGCACGCUUCCUUCACCAUCCCGACACACGCUGGGAUUACUGCGUAAGGGCUAAACGCGGUCAGACCGACACCUCACAGCCUGGCUGCUUCAAUAAGGACCAGGUUUAUCUGGACGGUAUCUUGAAGAUCCUCAGGCACAGAGAGAAGAUCGACUUCCAGCUCCUCACUGCACUUGGGAAGGUGUCCUACGAGGAUGUGGAGCGCCUCAAGAGCCUGGCUGUGAUGGAGAACGUGCGUAUCCCGCACUUCCUGCAGGACCUGGAACGUUACGCCGAGCAGCUCCAGAAAAUCAUGGCGGUCAAUCAGCUGACUGACGAAGAGCUCCAAGUGCUCGUCUGAGCACGCUAGGAGACACCCGUGACCUCUGAUUCCCACAAAUCUGUGUGUUAGUGUGACCAACCCUGCAUCUCUGAACCACCCAAGUGCCCUUUUUAAUCCAUUCAAAGACACCGCGUAUUGUUUCUAAAGGUAGAUUCCAUCAUCACCGUUAAGGGAAACGGGCGUUCCAGCAUGAACACUGACACACCUCACAGUGCCACCUACCUGCCGUGAUCACAACUUAGGAGGAGAAAUAUAUACCUGUCAAUUUGCCACUCUGUUCAUGCCAGUUUGUGGGCGUGUCCCAAACGCUAGGAUUCGUUUUUUGCAUUUCUACUACACGGUCAGCCAUUUUAGAUAAGAUAAGAUACACACUUUGGGAAUUCCCUCAUUACAGCAGCUCAAUCACACACAAAGAGAAUAAAAAUUAUAAUAAGUACAUCCCAAAACGUGUUCCAGUCAGACCUUGUUUCCCAAAUUUUUGUUCUAAUCAGACAUCUCGGCAGUCUCGCGCUGUCGGUUUACUGAGUUAUACUCCGGUUAGUUAGCUAUAUUCCAAUGUCUGUGUGAACAAAGUAACAUAACAUAACGCUACAGGUCCUAUGGAGGGCCUCGUACAUUCAUACACUAGCUUUCCCUAAAGUUUCCCUUUUUUCCUUCGCAGCGUCUACUGGGUAAUUAAACCAUACAAGAGUGGACGGAUUCGUGCGUUUGACCCGAGCAGUUAACCCACAAGUCAUGACGCUACCACCACCACGCUUCCCUCUGGCGAUAUACGUCAGUUUAGAGUUGUGCGUUCACUGCAAGUUUGUGCUUGUUGAAGACGGUCGUGACAAGACUGUAGUUAGGUGCCUGGACGAUGUAGACACCAAGAAUAAGCUAGUUAAGGAUAUAGCCAGGCAGCACAACGUAAAGGUAAAUCGUAGCAAUGAAAAUAAGACGAAACGACCUUGGAGGAUCAGAAUUUUCUUUACACGUGUUGGUGAAUUCUGAAGAAAAGGCUCUGUAAUUACACUGUAAUUUGACCUGGCGUCGAUUUCGAACCAUUGGACUUCCGUGGGUUCUACUGUAUUGAGAAGCAUCAAUGUGAAUCCUGAACAUCAAAAUAUUCAAACUUGUGAAAGUUGUUCACGUGACAGUAAACAUGGCGAACAUACAGUAAACGUAGCAUUUGUACACUAUUCGAUUUGCUAAUUACGAUGCAAUGGAAUGAGAUCUCUUCUUCCCGACACUAGCAUUUGGGAUACACCCCGCAUUUGAUCUUUCCUAUGAUACGUUUGUUGUUGUUGUUGUUGUUGUUGUAGUAGAUGGGCAUUUCUGCGACUUCUUUAAAUAUUAGGUAUGAUGAUUUGUAAAUUUAAUCCGGAAGUUUUCAUCAUCAUGCUUAUCGUCUUGUAGGAACACCGGGCGUUUCAAAUAAGGUUCCUCAACGUGUGAGGAAGGUGUGGUGUUCUGAUGUUCAUGGACGUCUCAAACCCUAAUAAAUUUACUCUAUUCA